AUGCCGGAAUACCGCCGCAAGCUGCAAGCUCUAGACUUCAGCGGCAACGAGGAAUUCGCAGUCCGUACCAAACAACCAUGGCCGGCAGGUCCGGUUUACUCCAUGGCCGUCCUGAUAGCUUUCACGUCUGCCGCCGGCGUCUCUGACCACUCUCCUUCACUGAACCGGAACCAACGCGACCUGGAUGGGGAACACCAUGAGCAAAGUACCGUCCUGUCACAAACUUUAUCGCCUGCAUCGGGCGAGACUUCCCGAUUGGAAAUGGUCUUCGAUCACUUAAUGGAGAUAUUUGUGGCCACUCGAGGUACGCGUGUCAUAGUCAGAGCUGGACUCGAUACGGGGGCCUUUCAAACGACAGCGUAUCGUCAUCUGAUCACCACCUCCACCGUCGCAAACCAAUUCCCGCUCUGGCCUACUUCUCCGACAAUUUCGCAGUGGUACAAAACUCUCCGAACACAAUGUCUGGAAGAAUUAGUUGGUGACGGCACAGUCGAGAGAUCUGAGGCUGAUAUCUGUGCCGCUGCAAUUACCUGCUUGGAAGAGGUUCAUGACGGCGCUGCUCGACUCUUGGAGGCCAAAAAAGAACGAUUAUGGCAAUCUAGACGUGACAACAAAUCGCUUCGGUAUGAUUUUGUUUGGUUAAUGAAGUGGACAGCAAUGGUGUCACAGGAGUUUGUCGCCCUGUUGCAUGAAAGGAAUACUGCGGCUCUGGUGGUUCUUGCGCAGUUCAUUGCGACUUGCGAGUCAAUCGAGCACCAGUGGUAUUUAGAGAAGUGGGCGAAGAACGCGAUCGAUGCGGUUAGGCAUCUACUUGGCUCAAGCAAUGCCAAUGCCAAUGCAUGGGUUGAUAAGAUUGUAGGACAUUGGCCUAGUAUAGAUCCGGACCUAGUCUCCCCUGGACUGGAAGGAAAAUGA